CACAAACUUGCACAAUCUGCCUUUUCUCUUGUGUGUCAAGAGUCAAGAGCAGCAGAUCAAAUAGGUUUUUAGUUUGGAAUCCAAGACGAUGAAGGUCCUCGAAAAGGUCAAGGUCGUUUUGGCCUUGUUUCUCAAUCUCCUUGGUUUGAUCAAGAGUUUGGCCAUGAAUUUCUCGAAGGCGUUGGCUGCUUCGAAGACGGCUUUUUCUCUCACCAGAGGAUUCAUUCUAUCUGCCAAACAAGCUCUCUCGUCCCCCAGCUUUCUGAUUCGAGUACUCAUGGCUCUUGCCGUUGCAUUGUGUGCGUGGCAUUGGUUUGUCGCUUCAGCGGCCGUUGCUCUUUUAUUUCCCUGUGUUGCAUGGAUGCUUGCUAAGAAAUUCCAUUCUGAGACUGGAGGAACUUCUCGUCUUUUGCCAUACUUGGCUCGACUAUCCAAACAUCGCCACGAAGAGUUGGUUCGGAAUCUUCGAACCAUUGACAAUGGCGAUGGAACGAAAAAGUCUCUCCAGAGUUUGUGGAAUGCCAAUGCACAACUUGAAGACAAACGAGUCCUGUUGACCGGGGCCACUGGUUUUGUGGGUCGCUCGAUUCUCUUGGAAUUGCUCAGUCUCAUGAAACAGGAACAAGAGGAUGGUAUCCAGGUGGACAACAAGAUUUAUCUCAUGAUUCGGCCAUCACCAGCUGGCGGAGACCCCAAGACAAGAAUUCAAGAUUUGCGAGAAGAAGACUGUUUUUCGGGUUUGCGUACCGUGUGGGACCGAGUUGUGGAACUUGUUGCAGUUGAUGACUUGAGUAAGCCCAAGUUUGGAAUGGAGCAAGCUGAGUUUUACACGCUUUCCGAAAGUGGAAUUUCCCACGUGAUUCACUGCGCUGGUAAUAUCCGCCAUGAUGCCCCCAUGGAAGAGAGUGCUGCUGCCAAUAUUACCGCCGCGCUCCAGUUGCAAACUUUGGCAUAUGAUGAAUGGAACUCCAAGGCCUGCAUUGUUGUCUCGGAUGCCCUAGCAAGUAUCAGCUCGUAUACGAGGAGCGACACGAUUAUUAAGGAAGAACUUGUUCCUCUUGGACGAUACAAGGCAGUCGACCUGUAUCAUAGUAUGGUUGGUGACCAGUGGCUAGCUUCCAAGGCGAUGAAAGAGCUGGGAAUUCCGAGUCCGUACAUGCUUUCCAAGUGCGUUGCGGACCAUCUCCUCUCUCGCAGCAACAAGGCCGCUUCCGUCACCAAGACAGUCCUUAUCCGUGCUGCCAUUGUGGGCCCUUCAUGGAUUUUGCCUUUUCCCGGAUUUAACGGUGGCAAGCAAGACGUCUUGUCAUCUCUGUUUGGGGCGGUUCGAUCUGGUUCAGUUCAAGUGUGUGCUUUUCCUGAUAGCCCGCUUCCAGUCAUCCCAGUUGAUGUUUUAGCUGUCGGUAUCAUCCAUUCGAUGCUUUCAGAAAACUCGAUGAAAAGUGACAGCAAGGUUUCUAUCUGGAAUAUGGUCUGGUUUCUCCCCAAGGUAGCCCAAGACGCUUUCUCCUUGUGGACCGUGAUUGGAGCGUUUGCUUCUUGGGAAGCAGCACUCCGUUUGCUUUUGUGCAAGUCAUUUCACACGAACAAGAAGAUCGCAAAACACAUUGACGAUGUAUUCAAUAAGCUCCCGGAAAGCCAGGUCUGGAAGACAGCCUUCGCUACCGAAGCACCGGUAGGAGGAGCGUUUGACGUAAUGCGCUUGAGGGGUCUGGUGCCUUCGUAUGAAAAAUCUCUCGGAAGACAUCACCCUUACAAGCGGCGCCAAUUGCCCGACAAGAUGGAACCUGCUUUCUACUUGGCAAGUGUCCUACGAACUGUCGAGAACAUGAUGAACGUGGGUGUCAGUCAGAAGAAGAGCGACCCAACUGCUUUGGUUGUGCCUCUAAUUCCCGAUCACAGGUCUGACUUGUGGUGGGCAUUGACGCAGCCAAACGGCAAUCUCGCUCAUCGCGUGGUUGGAGUUGUGACUUCAAAGGUGUUGAGAAAAGCUUGUAGCAGUAUUUCAGUGGAUCUGGCUUCUAUGGCGGAUCUUGCCAAGGAAAUGCGAAAUGACGGCUCUGUACCUCUGUGUCUAGCGCCUACGCAUCGCUCUGUCCUCGAUUUCGUCCUCAUUAGCCUCCUCGGCUUUUCCAUGCCAGGAACUGGCAUCAAAAUGCCUCGGAUCGCGGCAGCCUCACAUCGAUUCCGACACUUGAUGUUUGCAAGCAUGUUGGAGUGGUGCGGUGCGUUCUGGGUUGAGCAAGGCAACCGAGGUCACGAGCUUGCUGCUACAUUGGAAGCAUUCGUCAAGAAAGGAGAACACUUGAUGGUGUUCAUUGAAGGCCAACGAAGUCGUGAUAGGAGGUUCCUACCACCCCGUUACGGCUUUAUCAAGGCUCUCCAGGAGUUGCCCACUUCCUUGGGCACUCCAGUGCUUGCACCUAUUGCCAUUGACUACGAAAGACUUCCCGAGCACCAGAGUCUUGCGUCCGAAAUGCAUUCCAAGGGAAAGAAGGAGCCGCUCUCGACAUCUGGUGUACUAGGUUGGCUCCGGCAACUCUUUGCCACGCAGAGCAUCAACCUUGGUGCUGUACAAAUUACAUUCGGCAAGCCAACGCGACUUCAGAGUGGCCAGUCGGCCGAACAUGUUGCGCUUGAGGUGCAGAAGCAGCAACGCAAGAUCACUUCCAUUACGACCUUUCAUCUGGCGGUGGCUAGAGUGCACCUGAAGAUUCCGACAGAAGCUCUUGAGUCGGUUAUCUUGUCAAGCGAAGGAAAUCUAUUGACUGGAUCGACUUUAGUAGUCCACGAAGCUCAGCGUUUGUCCUCAAUUGAAGCUUGGUGCGCACACCUGCAGUGGAUGCAUCUAAUUGCUCAUCUUCUCCGAGACAGCCAUCCCAACUGGUCUACUUGGAUUCUUAACGAAGCGCAGUUAGGCGACGAAGAAUUAAGGCUGAAGGCGACCAACACAGAAUACAAUUCUGAGCACCUAGUUACUGUCCUGUCGAAGCUCACUGAAGCCUUUGAGGAGGCUGACAAACUGGCAGAAGCUGCUAGUAAGAUCAUUCUAAGCAAAGGAAUUCCAGAGCCUGGUGUGGAUCAUGUCUUACAGGUGAUGGAGAGUCAGAUGAAUACCACUGCGUCUGCCACCACCAUAGUCCCGCCUAUUACAAGUGCCGCAGCCUCAUUUGUGGCCAGGGGAAACCGAGACAACCUGUCAAGCUUUGUUUCUGACUUUGCCAAGGACGGAAACGAGGAAGAGGCAGGAACAACUCUGUUGCCAGUGUAUGCUCAAGAGUCCAGCAAUCCCGACGCCGAGCACUACGGUGGGUGGGGGUUUGUCGAUUCCGGUUUCCAAGUUGUGGGUGGGACCCAUGGCGUUCCGGCCAGCGUACGAUUCAAGGGACAGCGAUAUCGAAUUAGCGGCAAAGAGUUUCCAACACUCCACGGCUUUCUAGAAGAUGUCAUGGGCAGCAAGCUCCCACAGUUUGAUCCAACUUGUGCAGAACCGAAGAGUGUCGAUGAGAGCCAGUCCAAGAAGCUCUUGUACCUGUUCCUUGGAAAUGGAUUUGCUGCUUCGAAGCUCAGCAGAGACCCCAAAGAACGGUAUCGUCAUGGAACGGGUCAUUGCUUAGAGGAUAUCGAGCAUCUCCGAAAAGGCAGCUUGCCGCGCUGCCCUGAUCUCGUUGUCUGGCCUGAAAACGAGCCUGAUUGCGUGAAAAUUGUGGAAUUAGCUGAACAACAUUCAAUGAACCUGAUCCCCUUCGGAGGAGGUACCAAUGUCACACACGCAACGAACCCGCCACCAAAGGAAGUGGAUCCACGCCCCGUUGUGUCUAUAGAUAUGCGUCGCAUGAACAAGAUCGUGUGGUUGAAUAAAGAGGACGGCUUAGCUCAUAUCGAGGCUGGGAUCGUCGGUCGAGAUGUUGUCAAAAUGCUUAGUGCCGAUGGUUUUACUAUGGGACAUGAACCUGAUUCUCUGGAGUUCAGCACGCUUGGUGGGUGGAUCGCCACAAGAGCGUCAGGCAUGAAGCGCAAUCGAUACGGCAACAUUGAAGAAAUGGUUAAAGAAGUGCGUAUGGUGACGACCAAAGGCGUUCUUACUCAACAUCAUCAUAACGCCGAGUUGCCAGAGGGAGAGCAAUUUUCUUUUGGACGCGUCAGUGUCGGAACGGAGCUCAAGGAUCUUGCCAUGGGCUCUGAGGGCAACUAUGGCUUAAUCACAAGCGCCGUCGUUCGCGUCCACCGCAUUCCGGCCGUGGAUGAGUAUUCGUCGCUUGUCUUCCCCGAUUUCGAUACUGGCUUCCAUUUCAUGCGUGAAGUUGCCCGGCUGCCUCAAGCGUUGCGUCCUUCCUCGACUCGGCUUUCCGACAAUGUGCAGUUCCAGUUGGCUCAACACAUCAGCGGGAAAAGCGGAUCGGUUAUUGAGACAUUUGGAAAGAGUUUGGUAAAGUCCUACCUCGGGCACUGGUUGAAAUGGAACCCCCAAACCAUCAGUGCCUGCACCAUGGUCUAUGAAGGCGAGUCCAAGGAAGUGGCGAUGCAGAAGCAGAUCAUCAAUGAGUUGGCGACCAGAUUCGGCGGAUUGCAGUCCGGCAGCAAGAAUGGCGCUUCCGGGUACGAUCUGACCUUUGCCAUCGCCUACUUUCGCGAUCUGAUCUACUCCUACCAAAUCUACGGCGAGAGUUUUGAAACCUUUGUCUGCUGGUCGCGUGCAUUGGAUCUCUGCAAGGGAGUGGAAGCCGACGUCAAGAAGAUCUUCAAGGAACUGUGCCUGCCGGGCGAGCCAAUGAUCUGCUAUCGAAUCACGCAGUUAUACGAAGAAGGUUGCUGUGCGUAUUUUUAUCUCAUCAUGAAUUUGGUGGGAGUUACAGAUCCCUGCGCGAAGUUCAAUCUGGUAGAAAAGACGGCUCGUGAAAGCUGUCUUCGCUAUGGCGGUUCUUUGAGUCACCAUCAUGGAGUCGGCAAAUUACGCCGUCAUUUCAUGCCGGAAAUCAACAGCGGGCCUAUGAACGAAUGGCUGAAGGAUGUGAAGAAGGGCAUCGACCCUUCAAAUGUUUUUGGCUGUGGCAACGGAGUCUGCGGUCUAGUAGACCAUGAGAAGGAAAAGCCGGUUUCAGAGGUUAUGUCAUGGUCAAGCUCAGACUAUAUCAAUGAUGGCGAAGGCCAGGAAAAAAAGGAAAAUUAGGAUUGUUGGGUUGAACUGAGGUGGAAAUGGCCGUGCAGUUUUUCAACUAUUUAGUUUCUAUUCGUAUUUCGUGCAAUCUGCUUGUUCUUUUAUUUUUAUUUAAAAAAGUCAGCGGGAGCUGCGAUACCUCCGCAGAAAGACAAACAGAAGAAGAAGGAUCAUGUUUGAGAUUGCACCCUUCUUUCAAGGUAGCCCUGGCGACAACACCUGCAACACCCGACUUCGUCGUGUGUUGCCGCCCGCUAUCAUUCCCUCAUUGUAACCCUCUUUUUCUUAAGCUAGCCCAGUCGGCAACACCUGCUAAUCCAUAAUUUACAGCUGUCAUUCUCCUAUUGUAUCUCUAACCUUUACAGUUCCUGCUGGGUUAUUGUGCUUUUGUGCCAAGCGCCAAGUGCCCUAAUCUUAUUAAUUUACAAUAAUAUAUUCCUA